AUGCCGCGCGGCGCCACCUGGGCGCUGCUCUUGGCCGCGGCCCUGGGGCUCGGGGCGCGCGGGGCGCGCGGCGCGGUGGCCCUAGCCGACUUCUACCCGUUCGGCGCGGAGCGCGGCGACGCGGUCACCCCCAAGCAGGACGACGGCGGCUCUGGGCUUCGGCCACUCUCCGUGCCCUUCCCGUUCUUCGGCGCCGAGCACUCCGGCCUCUACGUGAACAACAAUGGGAUCAUCUCCUUCCUGAAGGAGGUUUCUCAGUUCACCCCAGUGGCCUUCCCCAUCGCCAAGGACCGCUGCGUGGUAGCAGCCUUCUGGGCGGACGUGGACAACCGGCGAGCAGGGGACGUGUACUACCGGGAGGCCACGGAUGUGGCCACACUGCAUAGAGCUACAGAGGACAUCAGGCGCUACUUCCCCGAGCUCCCAGGCUUCUCAGCCACUUGGGUGUUCGUAGCCACUUGGUACCGCGUGACCUUCUUCGGAGGCAGUGCGUCUUCCCCUGUCAACACCUUCCAGACGGUGCUCAUCACGGACGGCAAGCUCUCCUUCACCAUCUUCAACUACGAGGCCAUCACCUGGACCACGGGCACACACGCCAGCAGCGGGGGCGACGCCAGCGGCCUGGGGGGCAUAGCAGCCCAGGCCGGCUUCAACGCGGGAGACGGGCGACGCUACUUCAGCAUCCCCGGCUCACGCACGGCGGACAUGGCAGAGGUGGAGACCACCACCAACGUGGGCGUGCCCGGGCGCUGGGCGUUCAGAAUCGAUGAUGCCCAGGUGCGCGUGGGGGGCUGCGGCCAUACAACGUCCGUGUGCCAGGCCUUGCGUCCCUGCCUCAACGGCGGCAAGUGCAUCGACGACUGCGUCACAGGCAACCCCUCCUAUACCUGCUCCUGCCUCUCGGGCUUCACGGGGAGGACGUGCCACCUGGAUGUGAAUGAGUGCGCCUCCCGCCCGUGUCAGAACGGUGGGACCUGCACACACGGCGUCAACAGCUUCAGCUGCCAGUGCCCGGCCGGGCUCAGGGGACCCACCUGUGAGACAGCGCAGUCUCCAUGUGAUGACAGAGAGUGUCAGAACGGCGGCUGGUGCCGGGUGGAGGGCAGCACCGCAGCGUGCGUGUGCCCAGCGGGCUACACAGGGGCAGCCUGCGAGACAGACGUGGACGAGUGCAGCUCUGACCCUUGCCUGAACGGAGGCUCGUGUGUCGACCUGGUGGGGAAUUUCACCUGCCUGUGUGCGGAACCCUUCGAGGGACCUCGCUGUGAGACAGGACACGACCCAGUGCCCGACGCCUGCCUCUCAGCCCCUUGCCAGAAUGGAGGCACCUGUGUGGAUGCAGAUCAGGGCUACGUGUGUGAAUGCCCUGAAGGCUUCAUGGGCCUCGACUGCAGGGAGAGAACCCCCAGCGGCUGUGAGUGCCGCAAUGGUGGCAGCUGCCUGGGGGCCAACAGCACUCUCUGCCAGUGCCCACCAGGCUUCUUCGGGCUCCUCUGCGAAUUUGAGGUCACGGCCACACCCUGCAACAUGAACACGCAGUGCCCCGACGGCGGCUACUGCAUGGAGUACGGCGGGAGCUACCUGUGUGUCUGCCACACCGACCAUAAUGUCAGCCACUCACUGCCGUCGCCGUGUGACUCCGACCCCUGCUUCAAUGGAGGUUCCUGUGACGCGCACGAAGACUCCUACACGUGCGAGUGCCCGCGGGGCUUCCACGGCCGCCACUGCGAGAAAGCCCGGCCGCGCCUGUGCAGCUCUGGGCCCUGCAGGAAUGGAGGCACGUGUAAGGAGGCUGGCGGCGAGUACCACUGCGACUGCCCCUACCGCUUCACUGGCAGGCACUGCGAGAUCGGGAAGCCAGACUCGUGCGCCUCAGGCCCCUGUCACAACGGUGGCACCUGCUUCCACUACAUCGGCAAAUACAAGUGUGACUGCCCCCCGGGCUUCUCAGGGCGGCACUGUGAGAUAGCCCCCUCCCCCUGCUUCCGGAGCCCGUGCAUGAAUGGGGGCACCUGCGAGGACCUGGGCACAGACUUCUCCUGCCACUGCCAAGCAGGGUACACAGGACGCCGGUGCCAGGCAGAGGUGGACUGCGGGCCCCCCAGCGAGGUGAAGCACGCCACCCUACGAUUCAGCGGCACCCGACUGGGCUCGGUGGCCCUGUACUCGUGUGACCGAGGCUACAGCCCAAGCGCCUCCAGCCACGUCCGGGUGUGCCAGCCACAGGGUGUCUGGAGCGAGCCCCCCCAGUGCCACGAAAUCGACGAGUGCCGAUCCCAGCCGUGCCUGCACGGGGGCUCCUGCCAGGACCGCGUUGCCGGGUACCUGUGCGUCUGCAGCCCAGGGCAUGAAGGAACCCACUGUGAGCGGGAGACAGACGAGUGCCAGGCGCAACCCUGCAGAAACGGAGGCUCCUGCAGGGUCCUCCCGGGGGCCUUUGCCUGCCAGUGCCCCCCUGCUUUCACUGGCGCCCACUGCGAGACAGAGGUGGACGCCUGCGCCUGCAGCCCCUGCCAGCACGGAGGCCGCUGUGAGAACGGUGGCGGGGCCUACCUGUGCGUCUGCCCAGAGGGUUUCUUCGGCUACCACUGCGAGACAGUGAGUGACCCCUGCUUCUCAAACCCCUGCGGAGGCCGCGGCUACUGCCUGGCCAGCAACGGGUCCCACAGCUGCACCUGUAAAGUGGGCUACACCGGCAAGGACUGUGACAAAGAGCUCUUCCCACCAACGGCCCUCAAGGUGGAGCAAGUGGAAGAAAGUGGGGUCUCCAUCUCCUGGCACCCCCCCGAAGGCCCAGCUGCCAGGCAGGUGCUGGACGGCUAUGCUGUCACCUACGCGUCCUCAGAUGGCUCCUACCGCCGCACGGACUUCGUGGACCGGGGCCGCUCCAUGCACCAGCUCCGGGCCCUGGCGCCUGGCAGGGCCUACAAUGUCUCCGUCUUCUCGGUCAAGCGCAACACCAACAAUAAGAACGACAUCAGCAGGCCCGUCCUGCUGCUCACCCGCACGCGACCCCGCCCCAUCGAGGGCCUUGAGGUCACCAACGUGACAGCCAGCGCCAUUUCGGUGCGGUGGGCUUUGCACAGGAUCCGCCACGCCACCGUCAGCAGCGUGCGCCUGUCCAUCCGCCACCCUGAGGCCCAGGAGGAGCAGUCCACUGAUGUGGACAGGAGCGUGGACAGGUUCACGUUCAGGGCCUUGCUGCCAGGAAGGAGAUACGCCAUCUGGGUGAAGGCCCUCAGUGGGCCUGGGGGGCAGGAGCGCCCCACAGAGAGCCUGGCCUCAGCCCCGGUGCACGUGUGGACCCGGCCUCUGCCGCCAAGCAACCUGACUGCCGCCCGAGUCACGGCCACCUCUGCCCACAUAGUCUGGGAUGCCCCCACCCCAGGCACCUCUCUGGAGGCCUACGUCAUCAACGUGACCACCAGCCAGAGCACCAAGAGCCGCUACGUCCCCAGCGGGAGGCUGGUGUCCUACACGGUGCGGGACCUGGUGCCCGGGCGGCGGUACCAGCUCUCGGUGACAGCCGUGCAGAGCGCCGAGGGCGCCCAGCUGCACAGCGAGCCUGCCCACCUGUACAUCAUCACCUCCCCAAGGGACAGCACUGACAGACGAUGGCACCGAGACGGACUCCCCCAGAAGGCGCUGAGAACCCGCCCAGCCCCCGCACGCCUGCCCGAGCUGCGCCUGCUCAAUGACCCCGGUGCCCCCGCGACGCCAACCCAGGCCCCCAGGUUCUCAGAGCUCGUGGACGGCAGAGGACGAGUAAGGGCCAGGUUCGGCAGCUCACCCCGCAAGCGGGUCACUGUGAGAUCACAACCCACGGCUCUGGUGCAGCUGGAGAACACGGACGAGGUCCCCACGCCGGCCAGCCUGGCCCCCCAGCUCCCCAAACGCGGCGACAUCCCUGGGAACUGCUCAGAAAACCCCUGUCAGAACGGAGGCACCUGUGUGCCGGGUGAGGAUGCCCACAGCUGUGACUGCAGCCCAGGGUUCAAAGGCAGACACUGUGAGCUCGCCUGCACGAAGGUGCCCCGGCCCUGCACACGGCUGUUCUCAGAGACCAAGUCCAUUCCGGUCUGGGAAGGAGGCAUCUGUCACCACGUGUAUAAGAGAGUCUACAAAGUGCACCCGGACACCUGCUUCAAGGAGAGCUGUGAGAGCACCCGCGCCAGAACCCCAGACAGGAAACAAAGUAACAGUCCUACACUGAAGAAAUCCUAA